AGCAGUGGCGCAUCUCACAUAUCCGCCGCUGGAACAUAACGGCUGCUGUAGGAUGUGAACGAUAUUCGGCCCCGUCACCGGCCUAAGCAUCUGUUUUCCCAUGACAAGCUGGUGCGAGAAGAGAGAGAGCGCGCGAGAGAGUGGACGGUACAGAGGAGCGGGAAGAUAAUCAGUAUUAUUAUGAGAAAAGAGGACGGGGUUGUCGGAGCCGUAUUUGUUUUGCUCGCGGAGAUGAGGCGAGGGAUAGCGAGUCGCUACAAAAUCAUUGGGCUCCGGCCAAGCACUACUCGGUUUUAGCAUAUAUAUAUAUAUAUAUAUCCCGCAGCUCGUGCGUUUUCAUCGACAAUAAUACCCUUUUGAUCGUUACGGUUUGCAUCACAGAAAUAUAAUGCAGCUGUCUCGAGGACAUCUGUGAGAUUUGCUGUUGCCGCUGCCAUGACAGACGCAGGCUUUCCAGCUCCACCGGUGACCGAGCAGGCGGUGUGAGAGGAGCACGGCACAAGCUGCAGCAGCACGGCCGAUGAGGGCUGCCUUCACCGGGGAGAAUAAAUCUGUAAAUUCUGUUCGGGUUAUUCAUCUCUAAUCGUUUGCAAACUCAGGGAAAAUGUCCUCUCGGUCUGCUUUACCGUCUGCGAACGACCGGAGCACAGAUCAUCAUGCAUCUCUGGUGGCAAAUCGUUCAGAGAAGGGGACGAAUGUGUCAAGUCGUUCACUGGGUGCAAGAUGUCGUAACUCCAUGGCCUCUUGCUCAGACGAGCUGCCACACAUUGGAAACUAUCGGCUUGUUAAAACCAUCGGCAAGGGAAACUUUGCUAAAGUCAAACUUGCUCGCCACAUCCUCACAGGCAAAGAGGUUGCAAUAAAAAUUAUCGACAAAACUCAGUUGAACCCAACCAGCCUACAAAAGCUGUUCAGAGAGGUGAGGAUCAUGAAGAACCUCCAUCACCCCAAUAUUGUGCAACUCUUCGAGGUGAUUGAAACAGAGAAGACGCUUUAUCUUGUGAUGGAAUAUGCAAGUGGAGGUGAGGUGUUUGAUUACCUAGUGUCACAUGGGAGAAUGAAAGAGAUUGAGGCUAGAGCCAAAUUCAGACAGAUUGUGUCAGCUGUUCAUUACUGUCAUCAGAAGAAUAUAGUGCACAGAGAUCUGAAGGCAGAGAAUUUGCUGUUGGAUGCAGAUGCUAAUAUAAAGAUAGCAGACUUUGGCUUUAGUAAUGAGUUUACGUUGGGGAAUAAGUUGGACACGUUCUGUGGUUCCCCGCCUUACGCAGCCCCAGAGCUCUUUCAAGGCAAAAAGUAUGAUGGGCCAGAGGUAGACAUCUGGAGUCUGGGGGUCAUCCUUUACACGCUGGUCAGCGGGUCUCUGCCUUUUGAUGGACAGAACCUCAAGGAGCUGCGUGAGCGAGUGCUGAGGGGGAAGUAUCGUGUGCCCUUCUACAUGUCCACAGACUGUGAGGGGAUUCUGCGGAGGUUCCUUGUGCUCAAUCCCAGCAAACGUUGCACUCUAGAGCAAGUGAUGAAGGAUAAGUGGAUGAAUGCGGGGCAUGAGAGUGAUGAGCUAAAGCCUCAUAUUGAGCCAGCAGAGGACUACAGUGACCCCAACCGCAUAGAGAUUAUGGUCGGGAUGGGUUUUACCACAGAAGAGAUUAAGGACUCUUUACUAAAUCAGAAAUAUAAUGAAGUCACGGCUACAUAUCUACUGUUGGGCCUGAAGACUGAGGAUGGCACUGAGUCACGAGUUAGUGGCAGUAUGACAUUGCCACGGGUGCGUCCAAGCCCAAUUACCAACGGAACCAGCAAACCCUCCCCCUCUUCAUCAUCUUCAUCAUCACACAGCAAGACUCAGCGCAGCGCCUCUACCUACCAUCGCCAGCGACGGCACAGUGACUUCUGUGGUCCCAGCAUGCCUGUGAUGCACCCUAAGCGUAGCCCGACCAGUGGUGGAGAUCGUGAGUUGCGUGAGAGUCGCAUGCCGCCGAGGAAGGCCAGCUGCAGCGUAAUGGGCAGUCGGACCCUCCCCCCAUCUAGUCCAAUGGUCAGCACCGCCAACAACCCAAAUAAGGCGGAGAUACCUGACCGACGCAAGGAGAUGACCGCCACCACUAAUAAUAUCCCAGGAAGUACUAUGACCCGCAGGAACACGUACGUAUGUACAGAUCGUUCCAGCACUGACCGACACUCACUGCUGCAGAACGGCAAAGACAACAGCUCUCUGUCUCACCGUCUCCCCCCCACCUCUCCGUCCACUCUCAGUAUUGUGGGAGCAGGAGCCUCCUCCUCCUCUUCCUCAGGUGAGCGCUGUCGGCUGACACGUGGUUCCACCAUCCGGAGCACCUUCCACGGUGGUCAACUCCGUGACCGUGUACCACCUACUUAUGGACCUCCACCCACGUCUCCCAUUCUCAGCCAUGAGGCGGGAGCCCUGCCACCCAACGCCCGCAGCCGGGCCACCUCUAACUUGUUCAGCAAAAUCACCUCCAAACUCACACGCAGGGUCACAAAUGAAUCUGAGGGAGUCCGCAGAUCUUCGGUCACAGGUGGCCAUCUAUCUGGGGAUCAGAAAGCGUCCAAGCCCUGGGGCGGGGGAGGGGGCUGGGAUGUAAGUAGUCAUCUCUCCCGUCCCCCCCGGGCCCCUGCAGAAGUGGUACUGGCCUUGCGUGAGGCAGCCAGGGGGUGUGGCUGCCAGGUCCGGCACGCUGGUCCGUUUCUGCUGUGUUGCAGUCAUGGAGUGGCAGGGUCAAAGGUUGCAUUCCAAGCUGAGGUGUGCCAACUAAGUGUGGGUCUUGCAGAGGCAAAUGGAGUACGCUACACACGCCUGUGGGGGGCCCCCCUUGCCUUCAGGCACAUCGCAUCACAGAUCUCUAAAGAGGUGGAGCUCUGAGGGGACGGGUGGAGAGUAAAUUGUAUAUGCCCCCUCACUAUAUCAAUUGUUAAAGCAAACUGACUUUGAUCUGCCCACCUAUGUGUAACAGACUUAAAAAAAAAUCUGCUCCCACCUCCAGUCAAGAUUCAACAUACACCAAAACUUCAAACACAUACACACACACACACACACACACAUAUAUACAAACACAGUCACGUUAAAGGCGCGGGGCACUAAUAUCCCAAAAUUGUGCAAAUCCACAAAAACAAACACAUCCCAUCAUGUGCAACAUAAACAGGGGUGCUUCUUAACACGAAUACACACAAACACACACACACACAGAGCAGCCUCAUUCACUGGAUCUGGAUUGAAUCCAGUUUAGUAUUUUAUUCUCAUUCUAGUCAUAACAUUUUUACUUAAAUAAUUGAUGUCAUUCUUUUUUUAACCACUUUUGUAUGUUUUCAAGUUUUGACAUUUUAAACGGGUCAUAAUGUAUUAUGUUUUUGUGAUUAUUGUGUCUUACAUUUGUUAUUACAGAGUCAUAAUCUCAUUGAAUCAUUGAAAAUGUAGAACUGUAGCUGCCAAUGAACUAUAUGCACAAAAAUGAAGUUGGCAAAUGUAUCCAAUCAUCAUAGCUCACAGUGCCCACACAAAUCUAAAUCAGACUUGCUGGUGAUCACAAACUUGAUGAGGCUAUAAGCCAACCAAUCGCAGACUCAUCGUGGAACACACUACACUUUGUUCUUGAAAUUGUCAGAGCAGAAUUUUGUUCCUUAGAAAAUGUGUUAUUCUGAUGUGUAGUGCCAGUUUACGUAUUACCUACCGCUGAUUAGUUUAUUAUCCAGAUAUAGAAAAGAGAUUAAAUGCCAAAUGACUUUGCCUGACCGAUCUCAAACAGGCUCUCUGAGCGGUUGAUAUUCCUUUCUUUUCUUUUUUUUUGAUGACUCCUGUUCCAUGAUCCCUUGCAAUUAGAGUUACCUGUCCCUUUAUCAAAUCAGAGUGAAGUUAAGGUUUCAGAGCGUAUGAUUUUUGGAUCUAAGCAAUCAGGAUUAAAGAGACACUUCCUGCAUUGUAGAUUUCUGAACCGUUUUCACGUGAAGGAAAAAACACCUUUCCUAUUGGAUAUUAUUCAGUUGUCAAACUCAUCUUAAUGUAAUUAUUUUACAAAAUUUUAAGUGUAACAUAUAAUAACAAGUAAUGAUCAAUAUGUUCAAUGGAUAAUCAUGGUCUUUAUAACAAAAAAAUGUUUUCCCUGCACCUCCAGCAGGAAACAGUGUCCCUUUUUGCUAAAUAUUACAGCGUAGUGAUUGCCAACUUUAUGUCAGUUAUUAUAAAUUCAACAAUCAAUUCAGACAUUUCAGUGCUUUUUCAUGAAAGUUCCAGGGAUUUAAAUGAUUACAUUUGUAUUCAAAAAACAUUUUGAUUCCUUAUCCAACAAUCAAAUACUGUACCUCAAUGCACCAUAUAAACAAAUGUUUAGUGAUCUUACUGCUGUAUAGAUUUUGGGGGGCAAGUGCACCAACAGGGCUUAGAAAAGAGUGUAUGUGUGUUGUAUGAGGCAAGUUUGCAAGCUUACUUUAAAUAAGUUGGCUAAUAAUUCUCCUAACAAUGCUAUGUCACAUGAACAGAGUUGCAAUUUAAGAAUAGACCAUUCACAUUGUGUCUAGCAUUCUAUCUCGAUAUGACAAUUAUUCAUGGACUGGUCAUGUAUUAUCUGUGGAUCAUAAUGGCUUUUGGAGCCCUCUGCUACAAGCACGUUAUUAGAAAUGUAAUGAAUUUAUGUGCAGGUCUGGCACCUGAAUUGAAGGUAUAGGCUGCUUUUGAUUAAUAUUUAUGGGCAGAAUAAGGUUUAUUAAUUAACUCACCUAUUUCUUUUUUCUGACCAUUUAAAAUAAUGCCCUUUGCUUGCCUAUUGAAACUAGUUUUGGACAUUUAUUGUGUAACAAGACCUAAAAUUGUUUUAAUUGUCAAUUUGCCAAGCAUAAAACUUACAAGAAUAUGUACAAUUUAAUGGCUCAAAAAUCUGUGGUGGUAAUGGUGCAAUAGCAAUAGAUUACUGUUAAUGUUUUGUCUACAAGUUGUUAUCUAUCAUCGUUUCAAGCCAUGCUUAGGCCCUGUUGGUGCUGCCAGCCCAUGGCCAGUAAGAUACUGCGGAAGUACACAGAUUUCAGGUCAGGUACAGCAAUGCGUUAAGGUGUACAGGAUAGUUCUUGCUAGUUCGGUGAUUUUCUUUGUUGCACUCAACAAUGUUUUGUUGGUGUGUGAGAGACGCUUUGAUUGGCUGAGGUAGUCACUGUGCUGUCAUGUGUGAAAUAUUUCGUUGAUACUGAAGGAUUACUUAUUGACUUUCUCCAUGCUCAUAAUGGCAUUUCUCUCUUUGUUCACGAGAGGGUUUUAAAUUGGGUCGAGGUUCUAGUUUAUGGUGUGGACAACAAGGUUGGUUCUUGCUUUUGAUUGUUUAGACUGCAGCAAGUAUGUCAAAGGCUGACCAAGAGUCACAAUUCGUUUAGUUUUCAGAGUUGAUUGACUCCAGAUGUUUCACGGUGGUGCUUCCCUUCAGCCUGCCAUCUCUUCAUCCAUCCUCUCACUGAUCCACUUUUUUGUUGUCUUGUUCAGUUUAUUCUCUUCCUUUGUGCUACAUGUUCAGAAAGAUACCCAGUUCCUUCUCGUUCGAUUGCUGGAAAUAUUUGUCAUUGUUCUGUCUGCUCUGUGAUUGGACUCCUGUUGUGGAGACACUUCCUGUUUCAAACUGAACAGAGUGCAGGUCCUGGACCAGUCUGGCUCUGUCUAGUUUGGACCGCUGAGAUCUGUAUCUGUUAGAUGUCCAUUACGACCUCUGUGCACUCAUGUUGACUUGAAUCAGCUGCAUCCUACGGCUCUGUAGGUAGCACCCAUGUUUGGCCACCGGAGGGCGCCAAUGUCUUAAAUGUGAACACUUCGAUUUGUGUAUAUUUGCACAGGUACUUAAUUUAUUUUCUAUAGUAAUUAUCUUGGGAGAAAAAAAAUACAUGGUUUAUAUCAGUCAGACUCUGGCUGUAUAUAAGAUUAUGAUACUGAUGAUAAUAUUGUGAGUAUAGUAUAUACAGUAUAUUAGAACUCCAGGUUAACUCAUAUCUAGAGCAGAGACCCUCUGCUAGCUCUCCAGACAUUUCUAUGUGUGCUGAACUGAAACACUAACCUGCAAUCCUGCAUGAUAUGGAGAAAGCGAGAGAGAAGAUUCAUGCGAAUAACAGAAAGAGCGAAAGAAUUGAAGGGGGAGAGAGUGUGUGUGUUUGCUGGUUUGCGGAUGAGUGUGCAUGAAUGUGCUAGAGUAUUAGCCCUAGUCUGCUAUUCUGUUCCCCUGGCUUCGUCUGUCUCUCUCUCUCUCUCUCUCUCUCUCCUGGUAGGAAAUGUUUGUGCGGGCAUACCUUUGCCUUGGCAGCCAUACUUGACCUGGAGUGAAUGUGUGUUGGUAUGAAUGAGCUUUUUAUUUGUCCAAAGUAUUAAAAAGUGUAUUAAAUCAUCAAGUGAGGGAAUUUUGAGUCUGUGUGGUGUGUGUGUGUGUGUGUGUGUGUGUGUGUGUGUGUGUUCUGUCUGAAUGGUUAACUCCCUCCAGUGUUGUGCUUUUUGUGAUGUAAACUCUCAGCUAUGACAUUGGAUUUCUCAAGAUGCAUUUAGCUAAUAUGCAAUAUGAUAGAGAGAAGUCAGGUGUACAAACUGUGUAUAUGAGAGAGAGAGAGAGAGAGAGCAAAGAGAGAGACUGAAAGAUUCAAUUCUUGAUGCUGUUUACAAUAAGUUUUUUUAUUAUUAUAAUUUUUCAGAGGUAUUUGCGCCUCUGGCUAAAUGGUAAAAUGGAAACAAAGGAUCUUGAGAGAAAUAAAGUUUACUGAUGUUGGCAUCUUGUGUUCAGUUAUUGCGUUUGUUUGUUUGUAUGGUUAUCCGGAUGCAGAUUUAUGGGGAUCCAAAAAAAGAAAGAAAAUGUAGUCUUGUGUUUUGUUGGCUAAACUGUUUAAACUGCUUAGACUUUAUAAUAGUUCACCCAAAAAAGAAAAUUCUCUCAUUUACUUGAUACCAGAUUUGUUUGACUUUCAUUCAUUUGCAAGUGAAUUGUGAUCAGGCCUUUGAAGCUCCAAAAAGCACAUAAAGUCAGCAUGAAAGUAAUCCAUAAGAUGAUGUAAUACUCUUUUUAAUGCCUUGACCUCUUUUAGAGACCGAUUACCUUCAGAAUGUGAAAGUGGAGAUUUAUAGCAUAAAAAAAAAAUUGUUUCUCACCCACACCUAUCAUAUCUUUUCUGAAGACAUGGAUUUAACUUCUGGAGUCUUAUGGAUUAAUUUUACGCUGCCUUUAUUUGCUUUUUGGAGCUUCAAAUUCCUGAUCACCAUUCACUUGCACUGUAAGGAUCAACAGAGCUGAGAUAUUCUUCUAAAAAUACUUGUGUUCAGCAGAAGAAAGAAAGUCAUACACAUCUGGGAUGGCAUGAGGGUGAGUAAAUGAGAGAAUUUAGAUUUUUGGGUGAACUAUAUUUUAAUCUAUCUGAACUUUAAAUCUAAAGUUUAAGUCAAGACUUUUUUGGUGUUAAAAUAUUUUCCCAGCUUGAUAUGUAGAGACAACUAUAAGUAAGCCAUUCAUAGGUUAAUUUUCUCAAAAACUCACAACACUUUGUCUCUGUUAUGCUAUAAAAAAAUCCUAUGUUUGUUCGAUCGGCCCGUCCAGGCCGACACAACAACAUUGACUUAACCAAUGGUGUUUUUUUAUGUACGCCCAAUGGAAGACGGAAGUGUUUGGAAAAGCUGUUUAUAAUCAGUUAAAACAAUACAUUUUUGCAAUCCUGUUUUGCAACACUAGUGGCGCAGAAUGGUUUUUUUCCUUAAAGGGCACCUUUUACAUAACAAUUGUAAAUAAUUAUCAAAAAAAAUUACUGAAGAAACCAAUAAUAAUGGACUGUGCUCACACAAAUGUUUUUAUGAGGUAUUUUUAUUUAAAUACAACUUGAUUGACUUGAUUCACUUUUUACAACCAAGGUUAAAAUUGAGGUGAAGCCUCGACGACAGGUACUCACACCUGUGCCGGGAAUCUGAUCCCAAGAUGUUACCGACUGAACAGGAAACAAAGUGGAAAAAAGUGAUGGCGAAAUGACAUAGAAGAUAAUGAAGUAUGCAAAGACAUAUGCAAAGUCAAGACUGUCUUUUCGAGCAGCAGUUUUCUCCGCAAUGCUGUCAGACUACAUGAUGGACUAAAAAAAAAAAGACAAGAAAAAAAAAGAGGAAGGGCUCUCGCUUUAUUUCUGAGCGGGGAUCAUGCUGUCGAUGGCCUCGCCCUUCUCCAGCUUCUUCUCCAUGUCAACCAUCAGUUUGACGCCA